AUGGAGAUGGAAGCGGACAUGGGACCUCAAACCAAUGGGACGUCGAUUGGUUUGGACGUUAUGAAAGAGAAGAACAACCAAAGUGUUCCUAGUCCGGCGAACACACCAAUAUCAUUCCGUCGAGCAUUAACUGGACUGAAUGACAAUGUGGGGCGGACUGAUGAUGUCUCUGAUGACGAAGCUGGCGAGCAAGAAGAUGAUGAUCCGAUGUGCCCAGUUGUGAAACUGACGAAAGAAGAAAAGAGAAGGAUGAGGCGUAGAUGGGAAAACACAUUGAUAAUCAAAGUCCUAGGGAAGACGGUUGGAUACAACUAUUUACUACGAAGAUUAAGAACCAUAUGGAAUCCAAAAUCAGGUAUGGAUCUCAUUGCCAUACAAAACGGGUACCAUUUGGUUAGGUUUGCAUCAGUCGCCGAUUACGAACAUGCAAGGCUGGAAGGACCAUGGACUGUUCUUGAUCACUGCUUAGCCGUCAAAGACUGGGAACCAGACUUUGAUCCCAUGCGUGAUGAAACUCAGAGACUCCUCGUUUGGAUUCGCUUCCCUUGCCUACCAAUAGAAUACUACGACUACGAUUUCUUGAUGAGGGUGGGAGAUAUGAUAGGAUCGGCUGUCAAGGUCGAUCAUGCAACAAGCAUGGCGUCCCGUGGUUUGUUUGCUAUAGAGUGUGUGUUGAAAUAG